AUGUGGUUUCGUUUUAAGCCUACCAAUGCAGCGGAUCGAUUUCCCCUGGGGAAAUACCCAUCUCAAUCGGAGACACCGAUCGUAACACACGACUUGGAUGAUCCCACACGGAAUCAAGGGCAAGUCUGUCAAUGGGGUAUCGGCUGGAAAACCACGCUCAUCCUCUGCGGCAGUUUUUCCUUAGCCCUCGCACUAGCCAUUACUCAUGCUUUAGUAUUCAACUAUCUCGACGGAAAGCUUGAAAAUGAUCGAAAUAUCCCGUCACAAACCUAUGUCACGGCGGCAUCAACUAUUGUGGCCAACGUGAUCAGCUUCUGUAUUCGCAUCUGUUUGGCAGCGGCGUUUACGCAAUAUUUCUGGCAUAUUGUCCGGAUUUCUCCCAUGCGGCUUGAAACUCUGGAGUUUCUCUAUACUAUGAGAGGAAGCCCAACGUCGUUCUUCUCCCUAACUGUACUUCAAAAAGGAUGGUUAUUAGCUAUUAUUACAAUGGUCCUCUGGGCUGUUCCUGUCGCUAUGAGUUUCCCAUCGAGCUCAAUGACCGUCAGGAGUGCGAUAAGGACACACGAGGCAUUCCAGACUGAAAUGCCAGGUAUGAAUCUCUCAGAGACUUGGGGAGGUAACGCAACAAUUUUGAAGGAUAAAGAAUUGGCUUUGUUUGUGCCGAAUAAUUGGAGAGACCAAAAUCACACUGAUUUUGUCGAGGUACUCCGUGCUGAACAGUUGACCAUUGCGGAUAUGGGGUUCCAGAUCAAGCCUGUCAUCUACCAACUGGCUACAGAAACUAUCGUGAACGGCGCGCCACAUACCAUGAGCUCACCUUGCGGGGUGAAUUGCUCCUAUGAGAUUUCUUUCGACGGCCCGUACCUAAGCUGUAACAAUACUGAUUUUGAGAAGGUUAGUCCGCAGUUCAACAGGAGUGCCAUUUGGUUCUAUGCGCUAGAAAGCAACUGGACCACACCGGAUGCGGGCUCCCUUGCUCUACAGAAUUUUCAAAUGAAGAAUGCAGAGGUAUAUAAUUGGGUUCGAAAUGAUUCCGCAGACACCGUUCGAUUUGAAUACGUGUCUCAUGUACUGACAUGUACCCCUCGUCGGGCUGAAUACCAUGUCAUCCAGAGAUUCCACAACGGCGAGCAGUCCUCAACCGUCACUAUAGGAGAUGUGCAUGACUUGGUGCCGAUGGACAAGAAAUUCUAUUUUUCCAAGAAUAACAUGACCCAAGCUGUUGUCGACACAAUUCGUGAUCGUAAUAUAAUGGCACUAAUUAUGGCAAUGACCAAAGGCAUAUCCGGAAAUGUAGGGGCAAUGGUCUACGUGAUGCAAGACAAUCUUCUCGUCCAAUCCACCCGUCUUUUCAAUGGGUUCAGCGAUUCUUGGGAAGGAACUCUCACUACUUGGUACAGUUUAUUCACUGUAAAUGAAGAGAUCCUUAACUCGAUGCUGGCGAACGUCACCAUAAGCGCAAUCAAUCAUUUCCAGCUCUGGCCAACUUCGGUCAACGUGACUCGACAAGAUCUACAUACACAGUAUGUGUGGUCUCGGCCGCUGAACCUUCUUCUGCCAUAUUUCCUCUCCCUAGGUGUUGCUCUGCCGUUGGCGGCUUUGGGCUACUGGUCGUUGCGUCAGAACGGUGUUGCAGCCACAGAUAAUGGAUUCUUACAAGUUGCAAUGACCACACGGGGAAACUACAGAUUUGAUCAGCUAGCAAUGGGAGGUUGCUUGGGAGGAAACCAUAACGAGUCCACUGAACUCAAAAACCUCGAGGUUCAGUUUGGAGAGCUGGUUCAACAGGAUAGAUCCAGGUUGGACACGGAGCUAAACGACCCCGGGUACCACACAACAGAUGUCAGGUUGGCUGGAUUUGGACCCAAAGAUGAAGUUGUGCCCCUCGUGAUUGGAGCACGAUAUGGGCAGCUGUCUGACGACCGAGGGUGA